GGAGGACUCGCGAACUCGCGGCUCGUUCGUGUCCGACAGACAGACGCAGCAGCGGCUAAGCGGGCUAAUCAUGGUGAACGUAAAGAAGCGGAAAGGUCGGGUCGUUAUCGACUCCGACUCGGAGGACAGCGCCAGCGACGACAAUCUGGAUCAGGAGCUGCUGAGCUUAGCCAAGCGGAAGAGGGUGGACUCAGAAGGACAAGAGGAGCCUGUCAGUAAACCUGCAGCAUCUACAGACUCUGAGACGUCUGACAGUGAUGAUGAGUGGACUGUUGGAGGCACCAAAGCCAAGAAGAAGGUGAAGCCCAGUAAAGGAGCAGAAAAGAAGAACGCUACGAAGAAGAGAGUGAACAAAGCAGCUUCAUCAGGCAGCUCAGAUGGAGACAGCUCGGCAGAGAGUUCAGCUCCAGAGGAGGGUGAGGUGUCAGACUCUGAGAGCAACAGCUCCUCCUCCAGCUCCGACUCCGACUCCUCCUCGGAGGACGAAGUGUUCCGGGACGGGUAUGGAGACGAUCUCAUGGGAGACGAGGAGGACCGAGCACGUUUGGAACAGAUGACGGAGAAAGAGAGAGAGCAGGAGCUCUUCAACCGUAUCGAGAAGAGAGAGGUGCUCAAACGGAGGUUUGAAAUCAAGCAGAAACUGAAGACUGCAAAGAAAAAAGAAAAGGAAGAGAAGAAGAAGAAACAAGAAGAAGAGCAGGAGAAGAAAAAGCAGUCUCAGGUCACAGACACUCAGGUGGUGAUGUCGCAUAAUAAAGAGAGGAGGUCUAAGAGGGAUGAGAAGCUGGACAAGAAAUCUCAGGCCAUGGAAGAGCUGAAAGCAGAGCGUGAGAAAAAGAAAAACAGAACAGCUGAGCUCCUGGCCAAACGGCAACCUCUGAAGACCAGCGAGGUGUACUCUGACGAUGAAGAGGAGGAAGAGGAAGACGACGAUAAGUCCUCAGUAAAAAGUGACCGCAGCUCAAGAUCUUCAUCCUUCGAUGAGGAAGAAGAGAAAGAGGAGGCGCCCCCUAAGUCUCAGCCAGUGUCGUUGCCAGAGGAACUGAAUCGGGUCCGUCUUUCACGGCACAAGUUGGAGCGGUGGUGCCACAUGCCCUUCUUCGCCAAAACCGUUACCGGCUGUUUUGUACGGAUUGGCAUUGGCAACAGCAGCAGUAAACCUGUCUACCGGGUGGCUGAAAUUGUGGAUGUGGUUGAAACGGCUAAAGUCUACCAGCUGGGAUCUACAAGAACAAACAAGGGGCUACAGUUACGGCACGGCAACGACACUCGAGUAUUUCGGCUCGAGUUCGUGUCCAAUCAGGAAUUCACAGAAAAUGAAUUCAUGAAAUGGAAGGAUGCGAUGAUUGUUGCUGGAAUGCAGAUUCCUACUCUGGAUGAGAUCACCAAAAAAGAGCAGUCCAUCAAAGAAGCCCUCAACUACAAAUUCAAUGACAAAGACAUUGAGGAUAUUGUGAAAGAGAAGGACCGAUUCCGAAAGGCACCACCAAACUAUGCUAUGAAGAAGACGCAGCUCCUCAAAGAAAAGGCGAUGGCUGAGGAGAGUGGAGAUGGUGAGCGAGUGAAAAUGCUGCAGGAUCAGUUGAAUGAACUGGAGGAGAGGGCUGAAGCACUAGACAGACAGAGAACCAAAAACAUCUCUGCUAUCAGCUAUAUCAACCAGAGGAACCGGAGCUGGAACAUUGUGGAGUCUGAGAAAGCUCUGGUGGCUGAGGGUCAGAACUCUAAGAACCAGCAGAUGGACCCUUUCACAAGACGACAGUGCAAACCAACUAUGGUGUCCAAUGCCAGAGAUCCUUCUGUCCAUGCUGCUAUCCUCGCCCAUCUUAAUCAGAAAUACGGUUCAGGUUCAGGAUCUGCUCAAGACAACACACAGCAGGCCAGCAUACAGGGACAGAGCAACCCGAGAGAUAAAGAUGUUGCAAAGCCAACCAGCGACCUCUCGGAGGAUCUGUUUAAAGUUCACGAUUUUGACGUGAAAAUCGACCUGCAGGUUCCCAAUGCUGAAGCCAAGUCACUGUCAGUCAGUUCCAACGCCCUGCCGGUGAAGGACGGAGCUCCUCGCCGGUCGCUCAACUUGGAAGACUACAAAAAGAGACGAGGCCUCAUAUGAUCACACCCCUUAACCCCACCCCCCACACACCCUCACCCUUCUCCUGCUCCAUCUCUUCCUGCAUGUGUUAGCAAACUGCACCAGGGAACUGAGACUGAGGCUGAAGCUUCACUACCCCACGCCCCCCCCCCACCAUCCCACCCUGUGUAUGUGAGAAACGGAGAGUGAGUGAGUGGUGCGUGUGAGAGAGCUUGUAUACAUGCAUACCUUUUGUGAGAAAGUAUGUGAGAGAGGGAGUGCGUGUGAUUCAAGACAGCGUGAGACAUAUUCUUGUGAACGUGAGAAGAAACAUGACAAUUUCAUGAAAUAUAAAAAUAUUUCAUGAAUUUUUUUUUUUUUGUUUAAUAAGCUUACUUUUUAGGAAGGAGAUUGUCCACUGGUUCAUUUACAGAGAUGUACAUGACAAAUUUGUUUCCUCUUUAGUCUUGGCUUAUUUUCUUUCAGUUUUUUUUCUUUUCUUUCUUUUGAUAUGUCCAUGUUUUCAUCCCAGUCUUCAUAGGUGAACGAUUUUUAUAUCUGAACCACCUUUGAGGGAGACUGAACUUUAUGAAUGACCAUCUUAACGAAGGACACUAUGACAUUAAUCUGUGGUUAUUGGAGGACUUUUAUAUGAGCAUCUUUUCCCUAGAAGCUUUUUAUCCGUCUUUGUGGAAUGAGGUCAAGCUUGGCCUGACCCCAAACCCUGUUUUGACUUAGGUCCUCCUCUUUACCAGACGUUUCUGCCCAAUUUCAACAUCUGAGGAUCUGAAGAACGAAAAUGAGAGACUAAUGAUGACAUUACACUCCUCUAAUGGACAAAUCCUGCUCAUUUUUGAACAAAUAAAAAAACAAGCGUAUCGAAUACCUCUGGUCAGCGGAAAAUAUGGAGAGCUGAUCAUUUUUUUUUGUUUUGAUUUUAUUUCUUCGAUAUCCCUCUGUUCCCCUCAGAGCUCAUAUGUGUUAUUGACUAUUGAUCAUUGGUUAUUAAUGACGUCCUUUAGUCGGUUCUCGUAUUGAUGUGGCAUGCCUUGUAAAUAAGAUUUGGCCAUUUGGGACGAGUGCGGAGAAAUAAAGAAAGCACUGUUUCGUAC